AUGGAGGCCAAGUACCAACAAGUUGUUGGUCAGAGUGAUACUGGACUCAAUCCCCUUAAGAAAGGUUGGAUCGGGGCAGAUGUUUGCCAUCUCAAUCUCCAAAAGACAUUUUGCAUCCCUCAUGGAGGAAGUGGCCCUGACAUGGGUCCUAUUGGUGCAAAAAAGCACAUGGCACCAUUUUUACCUUCACACUCUGUGGCUGGGUUAGACAGGUUCUGGGAUGCUCUUAUUUCCAUCAGAGCAGAUAUUCCUGAGAUUGAAAAAGGAAAGGCUGACAUUAACAACCUUACUCUAGGGAAUAUGCAGCCUUCCCAGCUUCAUGUCUGUGUUUCAAAGUUCUGGCCUAGCACAGGACCUGUUGAUAAUGUGUACGGUGACAGUAACCUCAUUUGCGCCCUUGUCCCAGAAUCGCAGGCUGUUGAAGAACAAGCUGCUGUCACAGCAUAG